AUGGUACAUCUAAAGAGAGGAAAUGGGAUAUUCAGCCCAAGAGUGGUGAAAAUGGCAACUGGAAUUCUUGGGAUGUGUGUUGGUUACAUUGUGGGUCCCCCACUUUAUUGGCAAGGCCUUGCCGCAUUUUCUCACUCUUCCUCUUCUUGCUCUCCUUGCCUUUGUGAUUGUUCUUCCUCUUACCCUUUUCUAUCUCUUCCUCAAGGACUGAACAGAUCAUUUACAGAUUGUAUGAAGCAUGAUCCUGAGGUUAGUGAAGAAAUGGAGAAGCACUUUGCAGAUCUUGUGGCAGACGAGCUGAGACAAAAAGAGGCCGAAGCCUCAGAAAACCAGCGAAGAUCUGAUAUGGGGUUGCUAGAAGCUAAGAAGUUCGCGUCUCAGUAUCAGAAAGAGGCAGAUAAGUGCAACUCAGGCAUGGAAACUUGCGAAGAGGCAAGAGAAAGAGCCGAGGAAGCCUUAGAAGCACAGAGAAAGAUAACCGCAAUGUGGGAGCAAAGAGCACGCCAGAAAGGAUGGAAUGAAACCGUUGCUAGAAGAGCUCGAGAAAAGAAAUGA